AUUUUUACUUUAGGGAAGGAGUUUUUACUUUAGGGACCGAGGGAGUACUAGUUAACGUAAUCAACAAUUGUAUCGCCCAUUAUCGUCAUCGCGAAGUAGCGAACGCAUUGUCCUUUUUAAGUGUAACCAUGUCUGUAAAUGCUGAAUCUUCUGGAGAGAAUUCAAAAGCCCCGCCUUGCAACGCGGCAUCGUCACUUCAUCCAAAGCAAGGCAACCACUUGGAAAAUUUUGAAACCUUAGCUCAGGCUGCGCCGUGGAUCGGUGAUGCCCUGCAACAGGCGCGGCAGGCGCAGCAGACUAUUGUAACUGCAUUAGAGAAUGCAAUCGCUGUAACAAAUUCUAGAAUGGAUCGUGUCCUGACCACUUCCUCUGCUCAUUUCAAUCGAAGUCUUGAUACCUUGCAAGCUGUUAAGGCUGAAUGUCACGUAUAUGAGGACAUCACUGUUGGGAAGAUUAAAGAGGGCAUUGAUGUUGCAUCCUCUCAUCCUCUGACCACAACCGGAGCUUUUCUUGGUCUUGUUUUUUUGGGUCUAAAAAGGCCAAGGAGAUAUUUGUACGGCAAAGCAAGGCGCCUAUUGUCCACUGAAGAGGCCAUGCUUUCGAAUGCUGAUGUUCAAGUCAAAGAGCUGAAGAAAUCUAUUGAUGCUUUGAAGGGAGAGAGUGAAAAAUUGGAG